AUGCCACGAUACUUAAAGAAAAAAGAGGAUGUCAACAAAAUAUUUGCCGGACUAAUUGCUGGUUCUAAAGAAUCGGCAGAAUAUGUAAGAAAAAAAAGAAGAGAAGAAGUUGCGGCUUCUCGUGAAGCAAGUUACGAACAAACACAACAGGCUGAAGCUGCUCGUAUUUUCCAUAACAUAGCUGAAAAAAUUGACAAAAUAGAGGGGCAGAUUGUUUCAUUAAAUAAUAAGUUGUCUGAAAAAAUUGACAGAAUAGAGCAGCGGAUUGUUUCAAUAAAUGAUAUGUUGUCUGAAAAUUUUGAUGAAAAAAAUUUUAUUGAUGAUUUCCCCAGUGGCCCUUCCAAAAAGGGAUGGAAUACUUAUUAUGAGAAAAACAUUGCUACGCCGAGAAAAUUAGAAUAUGAUGAACCUUUUUCCCAUCCAGUUUCAGAAUCCUCAGGUGAAUCAGAUAGUGAAGAAAGCUUAGAUAGUGAAGAAAACUCAGAUAGUGAAGAAAGCUCAGAUAGUGAAGAAAGCUCAGAUAGUGAAGAAAGCUUGGAUGAGGAAUUGGAACCAAUCCGAAGAACUACUGAAACCUCUCGCAAUACUGCAGAAGGAUCUCGCAGUGCUGCAGAGUCUUGUCACAGCUCUGCAGAAGCACCAUGCAGAGCUGCAGAAUGUUCUCGCAGUACUGCAGAACCUUCUCACAGUACUGCGGAGGCUUCUAAAAAACGAAGAACAAAACGACUUAGAAAAGGUAAAGAACCUGUUCGCGCAACUUUGACAAAAGAACCAUCUGGUUCUGGUUCUGGUAAUGAAACAAGCGGUUCUGGUCAAUGA